CUCCCCUUUGGAAAUCAUCCGGGAAGAGCACUUUUUGACAUGUUUAAAGGGUUCCUCUAGGCUGGGCAGGAGGACUGAUCUCGGAUUCCUCCAUCUGCAGGGCCUCAUCAACCUUGGCCUCAGUGAGAACAAGCUCUGCAUUGACCUGCUGACUGAAAGGUUGAGUCGGAGUGACAUGAACUACAUUGAUGAUGACCUUCUGCAAUAUCCUGAUUGGAGAGGACAUGCAUUCCUGAGGGAAGAAGUAGCCCGGUUCCUGACCUACUACUGCAAGGCACCUGACCUGCUUGAUCCAGAAAAUGUGGUUGUUCUCAAUAGCUCCCUCUCUGUCUUCUUGACGCUGACCAUGGUCCUGUGUGAUCCAGGUGAUGCCUUUCUGAUCCCCACCCCCUUCUAUUCUGGCUUCACAUUAGCUGCCCGCCUGUAUUCAAAAGUUGAGCUGAUUCAUGUCCACCUGCUGAGGAAGAUCACUGAGGCGGACACCCAGCCAUUCCAGCUGAUUGUGGACAAGUUGGAGAAAGCCCUGCUGGAGGCUAAGUUUAAGGGGAAAACGGUUAGAGGUCUUGUUCUCUUCAACCCCAAUAAUUUUAUGGGAGACAUUGCCAGUUUGGACUCACUGAAGGAAUACCUGGACUUUGCCAAGAGGCACAACCUACAUGUGAUUAUUGAUGAGACUUCUAUGCUGUCUGAGUUUCGUGCGUCCAUCCCAUUCCACAGUGUUCUGAACAUGAAAAGUUUGCCUGACCCCAACAGGACCCAUGUGAUCUGGGACACCAGUAAGAAUUUUGGGAUCUCUGGCUUCCGUUUUGGCACUCUGUACACCCACAACAAGGAGGUGGUCUCUGCUGUUGGCACUUUUGGCUUCCUCCACGGCAUCUCUGGCAUCACCCAGCACAAGCUGUGUCGGCUGCUCCAGGACAGAGAAUGGAUUGACAACGUGUACCUGCCCACGAAUCGCUCCCGGAUGCAGGAAGCUCACUGGUACAUCACCAACAAGUUGAAGACAAUGAAGGUCCCUUUUCUCAGUCGUGGCUCUGGCCUCUAUAUCUGGGUCAACUUGAAAGAGUACCUGGACCCAUGCACAUUUGAGGAAGAGCAGCUCCUUUAUCGCUGCUUCCUGGACAACAAGCUUCUAUUGGCCCCUGGCAAGGCCUACAUGUGUAAGGAGCCUGGCUGGUUCCGCCUCACCUUUACGGAUAAGCCCCUCCGCCUGAAAGUCGCCAUGCAGCGGUUCUCUGAGGCGCUAACCGAUAAGAAGCAGAAUUGGAUAGAGAAACAACUGGAGGAUGCACUGGUGGAAGUGUCCUCCCCGUCCACCAGGCGCUCCAGCUCAUCCCCCAGCUCAUCCCCCACCUCAUCCUCCAGCUCAUCCUCCUUCGUAAACGUGGAUACCUCUCAUUUUUGAGAACUUGAUUCUUUUUACUCUUUGCUAGCCAUUGUGUGAGAGCAAAUGUUUUUAUGGGGUUGGAGUUGGAAAUCCUAGAGAAACAAAGGGAGCUUUCUGCCUCCCUAUUUUAUUCAUUUAUUUAUUUUUCCAUAAUACAAAUUUAUUGUUGUACAAAUGUACCGUGUUUGAACAGAAAAAGCCUCACUGUCGCAUAGAAAGAGGACUUGAAGCAGCACGUGGGAAGCAGGGUGGCUCCGGGAUGUCAGGUGUGUGGUUACCGGCUCUGCUCAAUGUACGUGGAGAUGUCCCUUUCUUCACGAAGCUCCGCCACAUUGACUUCAAACCUACCCUGACCAUCACUGAGGACUUUGGCAUCAUUCUCACGAGACACAAAAGUGAUAGUCAGGCCUUUGGUGCCAAAGUGAACAGCACGGGCCACCCGGUGGAUGUAGGUGUCCGAUUCCUCAGGCAUGUCGUAAUUGAAGACGAUGUUGACUCGCUCAAUGUCCAUCCUGCGUCCCUAUUUAGAUGGGUUUAUUUUUGUAUUUGAAACCUAAUAAAGUUCAUA